AUUUAGUAUUCGCGAACAUGUCGAGGGAGGUAGUAGUUGCGGGAGCUGCAUUUAUAGCUAUGUAUUUACUCGUGGAGGAAAAUGAAGAUGAAAAUAAACCACGCCGUCGUCGCCGUUGGUGGAAAACACAAUUAUAUAAAAAAAGAGCCGGUUCGGAAUUGAUGAUUGAUUUAAAAUCUCAGGAAUUAAGUGGGCAAUACAAAACUUCACACGUA